UCAGGUUGAUGGAAAACUACACUUAUAACAGCCUCACACUCCAGCUGGAGGGGUUAAAUGUCCCAAUGUACUCAACAUACCCAGUGUUUCUCUUCUUCUUUUUCUCCUAUCUGCUUAUAAUGGUCACAAAUGUUGGUAUUGCUGCUCUGGUCUUCAUUGACAAAAACCUUCAUCAGCCUAUGUAUCUCCUUUUUUGUAAUCUGCCACUGAGUGACAUAAUUGGAAACUCUAUCAUGGUGCCUCGUUUACUGUCAGACAUGUUGUGUCCUCCCUCUGAACGCCUCAUCAGUUAUUAUGAAUGUGUGGUUCAAGCUUUCACCACACACAUGUUUGGUACCACCACUCACACAGUGCUCAUGAUUAUGGCCUUUGACAGAUAUGUGGCCAUCUGCAAUCCCCUGCGUUAUUCUGCCAUAAUGACCAACAACAUGGUGAUCAAGCUGACAGUUUCUGCCUGGGGAGUGGCCUUUGUUUUGGUUGGGAUUCUCCUCGGUCUGACCAUAAGACUGAACCGAUGUAGGACUCUGAUCAUGAAUCCUUACUGUGAUAAUGCCUCACUAUUUCAACUCUCCUGUGAGAGUGUCUUUAUUAAUAACGUCUAUGGUCUCACUUUCACUGUGGUCCUGUUCACCUCCUCUAUAGGCAGCAUGGUCCUCACCUAUACUAAGAUUACAGUAGUCUGUCUGACCAGUAAGAACAAGUCUCUGAACAGUAAAGCCUUGAAGACCUGUAGCACUCAUCUGGUUGUGUAUCUGAUCAUGGCGUUUAGUGGAAUGUCUAUCAUUACUCUUCAUCGUUUCCCUCAGUACUCAGACUACAGGAAACUCUGUACCAUUUUGUUUCAUAUUGUUCCUGGCAGCCUCAAUCCCAUUAUUUAUGGUGUGCAGUCCAAAGAGAUCCGAAAAUUUUUGUCAAAGUUGUUUGAGUCCAAGAAGGUUCCACCAUCAUUAUAAGGCUAAUUUCCAAGGUUUAUUUGUAAAUUUAUUCAUAGCACAUUCACUCAUCCCCUCACAAUGCACCACAGAGCGCCACAGGAAAUCAUUCCUGCCUAAAUAUCUUAAAUGUCUGUAAAUAUUAACAAUGUAUAUAGUGCCUAUUUUGAAGGGGUAUAUUUCUUUAUUUCUUUAUUUUUUGAGGAUUGGAUUAUAUCACAGUUUUAUUUUAUUCGUAUCUUUCAUUAUGUUCUUUUA